GUCGAAAAUUGCUGGUUCCCAACUGAGCAUCAGGCCAAGGCCAUUGUGUCGCAAGAGUACAAAAGAUGUCGAAUCUUCUUGUCAGAUACCAUUUCCAAAACCUUCCUAUCGUGCCUCAUUCUACUAAAUCAGAGAGUCUUCUGUUACCAUGGCAACUCUUCCCAGCUCCAAACGCGGCUCAGUCGAUGUCAAAGUCGGGAUUGAGUGGGAAGAAAAUGCUCCCACCCGCGACCCUUUACUGGAGCCGUACGACCUCAUCAGAGACAAACCCCCUGAGGAGCUUAAAGCACUCGAUAGAGCUGUCCGCAAACGCCUCGAUUGGAAAUUCCUCCCGAUGGUGUGUGUCAUGCUCAUGAUGAAGUGAGUCUCGAAGCUUCCCCCGUCCUUCUCCUAUGUUCGGUUAAUAGUGUACCCCUUCAGUUGUUGACUCUCCAUAUUCAGUUAUCUAGACCGCAUCAACGUCUCGAACACACGACUCGCCGGCAUGCAAGAUGAUUUACACAUGUCAGACACGGUGUGGUCCGCCGGUAUCUCGCUUUUCUAUGUCGGAUACAUCAUUUCGCAAGUUCCCGCAAAUGUUAUAAUCGCGAAGGGAAAGCCAAGAAUCCUACUUCCGUGCUGUAUGCUGGGAUGGUCCAUCACCACUAUAUGUAUGCCUGCUGUCACUGCCGGCUGGGGCUUUCUCCUGUGUCGCUUUGUUGUAGGCCUGACUGAGGGCCCUUUUGUGCCAGCGGUGUCUUUGUUGACGUCGUCUUGGUACACGAAGCAUGAGUCUCCCCUCCGCAUGGGUAUUUGGCACGCCGGAAACACCAUUUCGCAGGCGGUGUCGGGCCUUCUGGCUGCUGGGGUUCUCCGAAAUAUGAAUGAUGUAGCUGGACUAUCAGCAUGGCAGUGGUUCUUGCUUCUUGAGGGUCAGUUUUUAUAGGUUGCGGUGAGAAUCCCCUUCACUAACACAGUCACAGGAGUUGUCAGCAUUAUUAUCGGUCUUGCCAGCUUUUGGUUUAUUCCCAACUUUCCUGAGUCGACUGGAACAUAUUUUUUAACUGCUGAGGAGUCCCAAAUGGCUCAAUACCGGCAAACGGUGUCGGCCGGUG